AUGGAUAUCGGUCUAGGCCGAUCUGUAACUUUUAAAUUUGUAUUCUGGAAAGCGAUACACGAUGACGCCAAAUUAAGUGCUAUGGUUAGAACUGAAUCAAUUCGAGGCACUUGUCCAGUUGGUUAUCAAAUUAAGGAUGGCUCCUGUGCUGAUAUAGAUGAAUGUGAAUCUGUUCGGGAAAUAUGUCACGAGCAAGCACAUUGCGUUAAUACUGUUGGAGAUUAUAUAUGCGAGCGCAUUUGCCCACCAGGUUUCAAAGCAGGUCCAAAAGGUGACUGUGAAGACAUUGAUGAAUGCACUCUUGGUAUACAUAAUUGUACAGGUGGUGUGCCAUGCAAGAAUAUGCCAGGUAGCUUCUUAUGUGAGACAUCAUUAUGUGCCAAAGGAUAUGUUCGGGAUUCCAUCGGUCAUUGUAAAGAUGUGGAUGAAUGUGCAGAACUGUUGUGCGGUAGUUUGAAAUGUUUGAACCACUUAGGCUCAUACAGUUGUAUCUGUCCAACGGGCUUCCCAGCCGAUAAUAAUAGCCACUGCGAAGGAUCGGGAGGAACUUUGACAAAGUUAAAAUCAAUUAGAUUUGAUGAAAACUGGAGCACGUGUCCACCAGGUUAUUAUCGUAUCGGUGGGACAUGUCAAGAUAUUAACGAAUGUAUCUUCAAUUUACCAUGCAAAUAUAAAUGCGAAAAUGUUGAGGGCAGUUAUAAAUGUUUGUGUCCAGAAGGCUACACAGUUGAGCAGAAUAACUGUACCGACAUAAAUGAAUGCAUGUACGAUCCGUGCUCCAAAGAUGAAUUAUGUUUUAAUCAGUUGGGAAGCUACGAAUGCCUUACGACACCGUGUCCAAAUGAUUAUCAUCUGGAAAAACAGAAAUGCAUACCAAAUUGUCACAACUGUUCGAAAUCACCCAUAGUAAUAUAUAUGAUAUCAAUACCGAAGACCACACCACCGAUUACUUCGUUACUGCGUUUGACAGCUUACGAUCACCGGUCAAGAAUGCUUCAUCGGACACGGUUCAUCAUUAAAUCAAUGUCAAGAUUCGCUAAACAGAUCCCAUUUAUUUUUAAAACAAAAAAUGGUCAAGCAACGUUACAAAAUGCAGAAAGUCCACUUAGAGCAGGAACAUAUAAACUCGUCGUACGAAGUAUCUCAAAGUUGGCUUAUAGAGCGGAUGAACUGUUAAAUGAUUUCAUUGUUUUCAUUGCUGUCUCCGAAUAUGAUUUUUAA